GCGUAACGUCUCUCCAAAGCUUCACUAAACCCCAAACCCACCCCCGUGAAUGUACCGAAAAAAACUCAGUGCCCCAAAUCACACCUCCCACACCAACUUACUCACCUCCAAUCGACACACACACACACUCUCUCUCUCUAUAACUUCCUUUUGCCGGAGAAUCAGAGCUUUUUGUUUCUCAGAUUUAUAUAUCUAGACCAGUUUGGUUUCAAUCGAGCAAUUUUCACUUGAUCUUGCUGAAAAUGUGGCAUCUCAUUAUGUUUUCUUGAGCCUUUGUGAUCUUGCUUGAUAUAAAAAAUGGCUUAUGAAAACUUGGAUUUUUCAGCGAAAUUCACAAUGUGAUUGGUGAAUUGUGUGCAUGCGGUCUUGAUUUGUUAUGAUGGUGGCCGCCGUUCACGGAGACCGACAAAGCCCCAAAACACAGGAGGAACAUUCUAGAAGGCCCCCAUUGCUGCCGUCGGAGAAAGAUUACAGUAAUGGAGUUGCAAAUAAUCAGAGAAAGCCCAAAUCCAGAAUUGUUUCGUCUAGGUACAUGUCCCCUUCUUCUUCUUCUUCUUCUUCGACUUCUACAUCAAAUUCAUCCUCGCUUUCCUCGUCUUCUUCCUCUUCUCGGAGGUAUCCUUCCCCUUUAAUUUCGAGAAAUUCAACGCCGGUCUUAAACGGGACUCCUUCUGCAAGCCCCAAGAGGUCUGUUUCCGUCGACCGCCGACGGGCCAGACCUGUAGUAUCCGAUCUCGAAUCGAAGAAUGGAAAUGCUGCUCAAGUGUCAGCUGCCGCAAAGCUUCUCGUGACUUCUACCCGGAUUUUGUCGGUUUCGUUUCAGGGAGAAGCCUUUUCGCUACCUAUUAGUAAGACUAAGGCGGCGCCGCCAUCGCCUAAUGUGAGGAAAGGGACGCCGGAGAGGAGAAGGGGUGGCACCCCGUUGAGAGGGGGAGGAGAUCAGGUGGAGAAUUCUAAGCCAUCUGAUCACAACCGUUGGCCUGCCAGGAAUCGGGUGGUUAAUCCGUUGUCCUGGAGUUUGGAUUGUCGUGGCAACGGAGGUGAUCGGAGUAAGGUGGUGGGAUCUGCGAAUGGAAUCCGAACUCUGCAGCAGUUGAUGAAUGAUGAGAGGAGGCCUUCACUUGAUGGAAGGAUGAGUCUCGAUUUGGGGGAUUCUGACCUAAUUAAGGCAGCUCCUGAUGGGAAUUCAGUUAAAAAUGAACUCUCAUUGCCUUGUGAUCUCACUGCAUCGGAUUCAGACAGUGUGUCUUCAGAUAGUACUUCUGGAGUUCAAGAAUUUGGUGGGGCUGUGAAUGGCCGAAAUGGGCCUCGCGGGAUUGCUGUUUCAGCUAGGUUUUGGCAAGAAACGAAUAGCCGGUUGAGGAGGCUUCAGGAUCCUGGUUCACCUCUAUCAAUGAGUCCUACUUCUAAAGUGAUGAUGCCACCAAAUUUGAAAAGGAGUUCGAGUGCUGGUCAUGGUCUGUUGAUGUCGCCCCCUGCUCGUGGUGGUAUUAGACCUGCCUCGCCUAGCAAGCUUAUGACGCCCAUUGGAUCAUCUCCAUCACGGGGGCAGAGUCCAUCUCGGAUAAGAAAUGCUGUUAGCACCAUUAAUAACAAUUUCAACGAGACUCCUUCAGUCCUUAGUUUUGCUGUUGAUGUUAGGAGGGCUAAAGUUGGGGAGAGCCGGAUUUUUGAUGCGCACUUAGUGAGACUGUUGUACAACCGGAACCUGCAGUGGCGCUAUGUGAAUGCAAGAACUGAGGCAGUUAUGUUGGUGCAGAAACAGAGUGCAGAGGAUAUGUAUCAAACUUUUUUCAAAGCUGGGGUUUUGAGCUGGGGAACAAGUUUUAUCCAUUUCUCUUUAAAUUGUGUAAUCUUCUUUAUUUUUUAUAUCAGAUUCAAAGGGACAUAAAUACAUUUGUUGCGAGUCUGAUCAUGAUUCAUUACUUGCUUUAUGGUGGCUUUAGUUAUUUACUUCCUUCAGACGUUCUAUGUGCUAGACUAUGUUUUCUCUUUUCCUCAUCUUUCGUAUAUUUCUACCUUUACUUUCAUAUAUCUCUUCCUUUAAGCAAUGCCACCAUAGAUUUUGUGUGUUAGAUACCAAGGUGGUUAUCAUCAUUGGUGCAGUUUCCACUAUAUACCAUUUUAAAAAAGUUUUUUCUUGUUCAUCUCACGCAUAUGUAGUGUUUUGAUCGAAGGUUUCAGUUCUUUAUGCUAUUAAGUGAAGUAACAUAUUGAUCUCAGAAGCCAACUUCUAAUGUAUAAAAAAACAAGCUUAUUUGCCACGCUAUCAUCCAGUCAAUUCUGCUCCACUCCAUACCUCUUUCGUAGCUGUGUAUCUUUCCAUUUAGGUAAUGGGAAGCCUUCCUCUGCUACAUGAAUCCAAAUUUGAUUUUAUCCAAGAAAAACCAUCUUAACUUAACUGUGUCUUGGUCUUCUUCCUUCCAUGCAUAGAAUUUUCUGAUGCAAACGUGGGUGAUUAGUCAGUUUCCUUUUCAGUUGUGUUCUUCCGCAUCUCAAUCUGGUCCUCCAUAGUUAUUUGUUGGAAAACAGCUUGCUUUUUUUGGCCUAAUGUAAGGCCUUGGUUUCUAUUGAUCAUGCAUGAGUUGUCUGUGUGCUCCUAGCCCAAUGUGUUGCUAUCUUCUUAUGGUAUCUAUUCCCAUACCAUCCAGGACCUUAUGGGCGUGCCAGUAAGAUCACUAUAAAAUCUUGCC